CAGAAUGUCUUUCCUUAUCAGGAUUGGACUUCCUCCCCGCCGCUCAAACUAUCCUGUCCUCCGGUGUUUCAUACGCUUCCUGGAGGAUAUACACAGGCGUCCUACGGAACAAGCAAGCCGGGGAGGUAGAAUGAGGUAUACUUAUCUAUGUGAAGGAACAUGAACAUGGACCCUUGAACUCAAGGAAUGACAACCCCCUUCCCUCCGGCACAAUUUAGUAAAAUUAGAGUUUUUUUCUGUUUGGUUUUCCAUUUCUCUUUGAUGGAAAUUAACUAUGAUUACGUGGCAUUUUUCAUUCGGAUGACACUUAGAAUUGGACAUUGAUCGCGUAGCUAUCUCACUACUGUAAUGCCUGCUUGUCUCUUGAAGAGUAAUAUUUAAAUUCUACCUUGACACUACUGCCUCCACAUAUCUCUCAUUUCUGUGGAAGACCGGGAUGCUUGACGUCAGCACUUACCACACAAUAUUCCACUGCAAUCUAGUGCUAAUUAAAUUGCUGUAGCCUCCUUGCAAGACCAAGGUGUGUUCAUUUUUGUCUGAUUCAUAGUUUUAGGAUUUGUUUUAUGUUAUUUAAACUCGUUUGACAUGUAGCCGUCUUUUCUAAGCUGCACUUUAUUGAUAAAUAUCAUCACUACGAUAUUUCAAAACUGUAAUUUAAGCAUAUCUUUGAGUUAUAUAUAUUUUUUUAAUCUUUAGGGGUGUAUAUAUUCUGUUUUAAUUUUAAACUGGAAAGUAUAUCGUUUUUGUUUACAAGCCUUUUCUGUCGACCAUUCCGAAAUGGACAAAUCUAGAAUCUGAUAGCGUUUAAGGACAAGGCAGACAUAAUCUUUAAUUGACAGAUCUAAGAUCAAUCCUUGUCUUCGGACAUUUGCGUUGUGAAGGCUGGUGUUUUUAUGUUCCUCUGUUGGAUUGACACACUAAAGAGAAGAAUCUCUAUCUGAAGACCAGUGGGAGUUAUUUUUCUUGGAUCGUACAAUACUCCUUUGAGUGCAGAUGGAUUUGACACGUCAAACUCAGAGGUGCUUUUGUGGCGUUGCCUUUGCAAUUCAAGCACUGAAGUGGAAGAAUGAUUUUAAGGACGUUUCAGGGAUAAAUAACUUGUGUUUUUAAGAAAGACUGACAGGUCUAUAGUUUUAUUUUCAUCUUCCUAGCAGAUCCUAAGGAGAGGUGCUUCCAUUUGAUUCUCCUUUUUAAGGUGGCCAUCAGUGGCCAAAUGAACUGACGUUGUAUCACUACCUGAAUUUAAACAGACUUAUUCCAUCCAACAAACUGCCAACUGCAUGAAACACUCACACACCGUCCACCUGUCAGGAAACAGACCUUACCUACCCUAAACCUGAGGGUUGGAAGUCCGCUCCCCGUCAAGCCCCCCACACUAAGGAUGCGUUCCCCAGAGCCCCCCAUCCCAUCCCCAGCUGAGGCCCUACUCCACUGCCAGUUCGGGGGCUGGGCAACGGGCAGCAGCUGCAACAACAGCUGCCCCAACAGCCCUGGAGGUCCUGGGGGUCUGUCAUCCCCUUCUCCCUCCCCCAGCCCCUCUGCUGCCUCCAGCUAUGCCUUGACCCUCACCCCUUCCCACAUCCACGUCCAGCGCCUGGCCCCCCGCCCUGGUAAAGAGGCACGUCUAAUACUACCCCUGUCAGAGCUGGCAGGGUGCAGCUGUCCCCGCGCCCCUGCUCCCCCCUUGCUGGUUCUAUACUGGUAUCCCCCGGGGAGGCGGAGGAAGGGGGUGUCCAGGAGGAGACAGGUGAGGGUGUACCUGGCUGAGGCCAGGGUGGAGGCUGAGAGGUGGUCCACUGCUAUACAAUGUCUGCUCAGGGGAGUCGCCAUCACUGCUGACACGGAAAUUGUCAAACGUUUACUGCCCCGUCCUCGAAGGCUGCUGCUAUUGGUGAACCCCUUCAGUGGGAGAGGCCAGGCUAUGCAGUGGUGUCAGACACACAUCCUGCCAAUGAUCAGAGAGGCUAACAUCAGCUACAACCUGAUACAGACAGAGCGACAGAACCAUGCCAGAGAGUUGAUCAAAGAGAUCUCCCUGCCUCAGUGGGACGGCAUCAUCAUCGUCUCUGGAGAUGGCCUGCUGCACGAGGUGAUCAAUGGUUUGAUGGAGCGUCCAGACUGGGAACUAGCAAUAAAGACACCUGUAGGUAUCCUUCCCUGUGGCUCUGGAAAUGCCCUGGCUGGCUCCAUCAACCACCAUGCGGGUUAUGACAUGUGCCUUCGGGAGCCUCUCCUCCUCAACUGCUGUUUUCAGCUCUGCCGUGGUGGAGUCAAGCCCAUGGAUUUGGUCUCUGUGACAACCAGCCCCGCCCCUUCUCAAAAUGGCCGCCCGGGUCUUCCCAGAAGGAUGUUCUCCUUCCUAUCUGUGGCCUGGGGCUUUGUGUCUGACGUGGACAUCGAGAGUGAGAGGUACCGGGGUCUGGGGUCGGCACGGUUCACCCUGGGCACUCUGGUCCGCCUGGCCUCCCUGCGCUCCUAUAAGGGCCGUCUGUCCUACCUGCCCCCCUCCAUAGUCGCCACAUCCCCAGACGCCAUCUCUCCGCCCCUGCGCAGACCCCUGUCCCGCAGCAUCACUGAGGGCCUGGAGGGCUUCUGCCACACCCCCAUCCAACGCACUAGCUCUGACAUGGGCCUCAGCGAACAGAGGAGUCUGAGGAGGGUAGACACGGAGAGGGAGAGGGAGAGAGAGAUGGAGAGGCAGAGAGAGAGGGAGAGGAGGAGGGAGAGGGCCAGGGGAGGGGGAACGGGGGUGGUCAGGGCGAGUAGCUUGGCAGAAGAUAGAGAGAGAGAGAUGGAGGGUGAGGCGGGGAGGUCAGGGACAAGUUCGGAGAGAUCUGGGACGAGUUCGGAGUUGAAUGAAAGGGAAGAUUGCAGGAUGGGAAGGGAGGAUGGGAUGACGGGGAACAUGGAAGAAAGGCCAGAUGAGGAAAGAGAAGACGGAACGAUGGAGCAGGACUCAGGGGUGAUCGAGGAUAUAGAGGAGAGAGUGAGGAAUGGGGAAGGUAGCAGCGGCUCAAUGGAUGGAGUGAUGGAAGCGAAGGAGGUUGGAGAGGAGUAUGGGAGGGACAUGGGGCGAGAGCCCAACGAGGACCCAGAGGGGUGUUACUCGUACCCUGACAACCUCCAGCAGACCAGACUGGCUCUAAGGAAGAACUCUGCCCCUUUCAGCCAGAUAGCUAACGCCUUCUUUAGCCAGCCCCUCAGCCAGGAGGCUGACCCCAUGUCUGGAGCCUCGUACAGGGCAGAAGAGAUGGAUCUGAACGAAACAUACUUCCAGAAAGAAGCUUACCCACUGGACAUCGCCCGAGAGAGAGCUCUCACCAUAUCCUCUCCCUUCAGACACUCUCCUUUCUCCUUCAAGCCCAAAUCUCUGGACCAGAACACAUCCCGCCCCAGACCCGUAUCCCUCCUCCACCACCCCCACUCCAACUCCCUACCCCCUAAACUCCCCUCCCUGUCCCUCUCCCUCUCUCCCACGCCCCCUUCCUCCCCGUCCUGUGCCUCCCCCCACUCCUCCUCCUACCUCGUUCCGCGCCCCAACACCCCCAACUCCACCUCCCCUUCCCCGUCUCUCCAGUCCCCCUCCCCCUCCUUUACCUUUGACAUUGCAGAGCCUGCCGGACCCCUCAAGAACCGCCCCCCCGUCUCACUCCCUUUCAACCCUCCCAGGGAUGACCUCCUGCCCCCCUUGGACCAGGCCCUGCCGACCCGGGACUGGGUGACCAUCGAGGGGGACUUUGUGCUUGUGCUGGCCAUCUACCAGUCCCAUCUCGGGGCAGAUCUCCAUGCCGCCCCCCAAGCCAGGUUUGACGAUGGGCUGAUCCACCUGACGUUUGUGCGGGCAGGGAUCUCCAGAGCCACCCUGCUUCGUCUGUUCCUGGCCAUGGAGAGGGGGGCACACCUGUCUCUCAGCUCCCCCUAUGUGAGCCACGUCCCAGCCAGGGCCUUCAGGCUGCAGCCCCUCUCCCCACGAGGAACACUCACUGUGGACGGGGAACUGGUGCCAUACGGCCCGCUGCAGGCACAGGUCCAUCCCUCCAUGUCCCGGCUCAUUGUCGGUGACUCUGGAGUGAAGAUCACCCGAUUCUGACAAGGGAUUGGCUGACCAGAUCAGCUGAUACGGCGCUCUCUCCAAUUAUAUAAUCUCUGUUGCCAUCUAUGUUCACAGAGAAAGAGGAGAAAAAAGCCUCAGAGACUGAAAUCAGAGCGAAUAAUUUCUGGGGUUUAAUGGAAGGGAUCACCUGCUGAGCAGAGCGGCGGUGCAGGACGCAAGCCGAGGGAUUAAUAGAGAAUUUUAAAAACGGAUGAAAACGAGCUUUGUUGCACAGCUGUUGGAUUACACUCCGUUUAUCCUGAGAAGCCUGUACCUGCAUAGCCAUGGGAGCAAAAUAGGGGGGUGGGGGGGGCAAGUUGAAUGUGUAUGGGGGAGUGUGUAUUUGGUGCAUGUGUGUAGUGUAUACAUUCUAGUAUGCACAAAUGGCAUGCAGAGAUGCACAUUUCAGAUGUCUUUGUUCUCUAUCAAAGCUGUCCUAGAACAGUUCUAGUUCUAGAACAAUUUCAGAGGGAGCCACACCCUCAUGCAAAUGUAGAUCCCCUUCCGUAUUGGAACCUCUGUCCUUCCCUGUAAUGCCUUAAAGUACAACUCCUCUGACUUUGCCCUUUCUGUCUUAUAUAAGAAGCCUAAACCUGCGACUCCACAAAUCUCCAUU